AUGAGCAACGUGUUCGAGGGAUACGAACGCCAGUACUGCGAGCUCUCGGCGAAUCUAGCGAAGAAGUGCACUGCCGCCGGUGCUCUUAAUGGAGAACAAAAGAAACAAAAAGUAUCUGAAAUAAAGACUGGGAUUGAUGAAGCUGAAGCUUUGAUAAGGAAAAUGGACCUUGAAGCAAGAAGUUUGCAGCCAAACAUCAAGGGCGUGCUUCUUGCUAAGUUGCGGGAAUAUAAAUCAGAUCUAAACAAUCUUAAAACUGAAAUUAAGAAAAUUGUAUCAGGUAACUUAAACCCUUCGGCACGGGAUGAAUUGUUGGAAUCAGGCAUGGCAGAUGCUAUGACGGCAUCUGCUGACCAGAGAACAAGAUUAAUGGUGUCAACUGAGAGGUUGAAUAAGACCAGUGAUAGAGUUAAGGAUAGUAGGAGAACAAUGUUGGAAACAGAAGAGCUUGGUGUUUCGAUUCUUCAAGAUUUGCAUUCACAGCGUCAAUCUCUGUUGCAUGCACAUAACACGCUCCAUGGAGUGGAUGACAACAUAGGCAAGAGCAAGAAAAUUUUGUCCAACAUGUCAAGAAGGAUGAACAAGAACAAAUGGAUUAUUGGAGGCAUUGUUUUGAUUCUGGUUGUUGCCAUCAUCGUGAUUCUGUACUUCAAACUUAAAUAG